AUGACAUCUCCUCGGCUUAGUUUUAGAUAUAGUUUCACAUCACCACUUUCUAGUACUCCUAAUGAUGUUCCAUUAGUGUUAUUUUUAACUAAUAAAAAUGAUAUGAAUGAAGCAAUGAAAAAAUUACCACCAUCAUCAAUGUUAUUUUGGGUACUUCAUCCAACAUUAAAUGAACCGUCAAAAGGAAUUAUUAUGACAAUUAAAUAUUAUCAUCUUAUAUUACACUAUUCAUUUUUAAAUGAUUUUGUUACAACAAAAAUUUAUAAAACAAAAACCCAAAAAAAGGAAAUGGAACCUGUUAUUAAUUGUGAUAUUAAAAACACAACAAUUAAUAAUAUUAAAACUUUAUUCACUCAAUUUGUUUUAUAUCAACAGUUCAUUCAAUUUCUUAUGAAAACGAAAUACUUUAAUGAUUCUUCUUCUUCCUCUCAACAAAAAAUUAUUUUCCCCGAUUUAAAAACACCUCGAUUACUUUGUAAUAAUAUUCAUGGAUUAAAAAUAAUUGAAUUGGAUCAAGAAAAUGGUGUUUUAACAUUUAUAAAUGAAAAUUUAGAAAUUAUUAAUCGUUUUGAUACUCUUGAAGAAUCAAUUUGUGAAUUAAAAAAGUAUUUAACCACUACACAACAUAUUAUUCAAAUACAAUAUAAUAAUGAUAAAGCUGAUCAAUUAUUAGAAGAAAUUAAUCAACUGUGUUAUUCUGAACAAUUUGAUCAUAAUACUAUACUUGAUUCAAUAUCUUCUUACAUUAAAGUUGUAUGUAAAUUACAUGAUAUAAGAGUAGAAGAAUCAUUAGAAGCAUUAAUUAUUAGACUAUUUUCUUGUUCACCAAAUGAUAAAGUUAAAGUAUUCAAAUUACUUUUUGAUCAUAUCCGGUGUCAUCCAUUAUGUUCAUGGGUUUAUAUAUUAUUAGGUCAUUUGAUAAAUAAUUAUAAAGAUGAUAUUCAAUCUCUAUUAACAAAAGAAAAGAUAUCAUCCUCUCUCUCUCAAAAGCUUCAUCAAAUUCAUGAAUCUCUCUUUGGGGGAUAUCUUUUUGAUGAACAAGCUCUCCCUUCAAUUAAAACUAUUGUCUUAAAUAAUUCUGAUUUAAAAAAUUCUUCUCAAGAACUUGAUAAGUCGUCAUACCCAUUAAUACAAAAUAAACGAAAGUCUAUCUUCUUCUCAAGUCCAAUGUUUCAAGAAGAUGAUACUUUCUUAAGAAGACAAAGUAGAAGUUUUCAACGUGCUAUCACUCCAAAACAUUUUGGUAAACCUCUUAAAGGAGGGAUUUCACAACAAUUAACAGAAGAAUUAUCAGGAUCAAAAAACGAAAUAAGAACAGAGGCUAAACGAUUAGCUCAAGCAUUUUUUAAUGAAAGUCUUCCUUAUAUUCUUAAAGUAGAUCAAACAGGUGUUACACUACAAAAACAAAAAAGAAUAGUUAGAGAUACUGAAGAUGAAGAAAUAUAUAAAGAAGAAUUAAAAGAGUUAAAAGAAUUAAUGAAAAUUAUUGGAAUGAGUAUUGUUAUGGAAAGGAAUAGAGAUUUAAUGAAACAAAUUUGUCAUCUUUUAGUGACUAGUAUAUCAUUAAAAUUUAAACUAACAUUUUCUACAGUUGUUAUUAAUCUUGAAGAAUAUUUUAAACAUGUAUUUAUUUCAGGUCAAGAAAAUAUUAUUGUUAGUAUAUUAAUAUCAUGGGAAAAUGUUAUACAAGAAUCUAAAUCCCUCCGAGCAUAUUUUUUUUGUAUUUUAUUAAAAAUAUUUAGAGUUUAUAUGAAAAUAGCUAGAUAUCAAACAAUUGGAUUAGGAUUAUCAGAAAGAAUUUUAAUGCCUAUUUCUUUAUGUCUUCAACGUCCACAAACAGAAUGUUAUUUAGACUCUCAAUAUGACCUUUUAAUAGAAGUUGGUCGUUGUUUUAAAAUUUUUAAUAAUAAAUGUUUAAAUGAAACACACUCAGUUCAUGCAAUUCAAUUAAUGUAUGCACCUCAUAAUAUUGGUUUAUUAGCCAUUACUUGUAUUAAAAGAUAUCUUAUUGAUUGGGAUAAAGAAACAUCAAACUACCAUGAAAAUGUUAACAAAUUACUUGGAAAGAAACGAGAAUAUGCCAUUCUUUAUUUUCAAGUUCUUGUUCGUUUGUUACAAGUCUUUGAUCAAAAAUCUCUUCCAAACAAUCAAAAUUAUACAUCAAUUCAAGAAAAUUUAGAAAAUCUAGUCGUCCCACCAAAUGGAUUUCUUUUUAGAUUUUUAAGGGAUGAAACUGUUUUAUUUGGAGUUGACGCUAAAGUUACUGCACUCUCUUUUUUUACAUAUUUCUUUAGUGUGAAUUCACCAAUUAUCAGAAGAAAAUCUGUUGUUAAUGAGUAUAUUAGAUUUGCAUUUAAAUUAUUCAUUAAAAUAUAUUAUAAAGAUACUUGGACUGAUGAUGAUAUUAGAGUAUUAGUUGGAGCUUUGAAAAUGUUAAAUGGACUUGCAGCACAUAAAACUGAGUUUAGUAGACAAACCUUUUUCAGACUAGGUUUAUUCUCAUUAUUAUUACACGAAGUUAUGUUAGAAUUUAAUAUGAGUUGGAAUAACUCUCAUGAAGAAGAAACUGGGAUUUUUGAUGCUUUUAAACAACAACCUAAAAAACAAUUAGAACAACCAAAAGCACAAACAAAACGUAUGACUGGAAGAAAAAAUAUGAAAGUUAAUAUUCCUAGACUUUGUGUAAACGCUAGUCCAACUAAACCACUUUCUCCUCGUAAAUUUGAAACAAAACCAGAAAUUGAUAUUAAAAAGGAUGGAAUUACUCAAUUAUCACCUCGAAUUAUGUUGGAAACUUCUAAAAAACAAACACACACUUCUUUUUCUGAGUUUAAGUCACCAGAAACAAGUGAAAUUCCUGGUAAAGGAAGUGUUGAAACCCCACGUUCUUCUCCACAAAUGGAAAAACGAGUUGAUGAUACAAUAAAAACACCAAAAACUCAUUUAAAACAUAAAGUUGGAAAUAUUUCAAUGUCUGAACUUGGUUCAAACUCAAGUUCUCCGGACAUUCAUAAAGGAGGUGUAGUUAUUGAUUUCAAUAAAGACAAUGUAAGUGAUACUCCUCUUUCUAGUAGUCCAUUAAAAAAACAUGUUUAUGGAAGUAAAACCCCUAUGAGACUUUCUUUCCUAAAAACUAAUCCAAUUCAAGUUAACCAAACCUCACCCUCUCCUAUGGGGUCUAGUGCAUCUAGUCUUAGAAAUUCAUUGGAAGUUGGAACUGAAUUAAGUUUAGGAAGAUUAGAGAAUGAAGUUCAUGAAGACUCAACUGAAUCAAAAAAGCCAAGAAAAGAUAACAUGAGGUUUUGUGUAAAUACAUCAGACAGACGUCAAGAAAAUGAAAGAAAUGAAUCAAUAAAAGUUCCAACAACACAUAUUGCUUCUGUUUCACCACUAAUACCUUGUGUUAUUGAAGACAAUAUUUUAAAGGAAGAGUCGAAGAAGAAAGAGUCUAUUAACCCAACACCCAAUAACACAAAGCCAGUUGAAACAAGAAUUGAAGAACCUCAAGGAAUUGUUUCAACUGACAAACCAAAUGAUACAAAAGUUAAAGAAGAAAUAAAGAAAGAAGGUAUGCCUCCUGCUCGAAAAAAGCGACCACCACCACUUAAAAUGGUUCCAGCUAUUAGAAAGUCUAUUGAUAACUCAGGAACUGGAACGUCAUCUGCAUCAGGAAGUACAACUAAUAGUUCUACUGGAUUAUUGACACAAGUAGAACAGAAAUUUAAGGAAACAGGGAAGUUACAUCUUAUUCUUGAUACGAUGAUGUUUGAAAAAACAAACACUGAAGUAGUAAAAGUUGAUGAACAUUCAUAUGAAAAUAUGAGAAAAACAAGAAGAAUUUAUGUUAAUAGUGAUGUACAUAAAGAGAUUUUAAUGUUAUUGUUUAAUUUAAUAGUGAUGGAGAAUGGAGUAUUAGACCCAUUAUAUACUGACCAAUUUCCAGAUUUAAAAGGUAUGAAAGAUGCAUUAUUUAUUUUGUCAUGUCAUUUAGAUCGUAGUUCAAAUAGAGAAAUAGCAAAACAGUUAUUCUGUCAAGAAUCGUUAAAUCCAGGAAUUCAAGAGUUAUUAAGGUUAUUAUCACAACAAUUUUUUGAUAUGUCAAAAUAUUCAAUUAUUAAAGUCAUUGGAGAAGGUGCGUAUGGAGUAUGUUCUGAGGCAUUGGUAAAAUAUGGAUCAGAUGUAACACUGAAUAAAGUUGUCAUCAAACAAAUUAAAAUUUCUGAAUCUCCUAAAGCAAGAAGUGUUCUUCAUGACAUUUUUAAUGAAAUUCUUAUUCUUGAAAGACAUUGCAGAGAUGAAAGAGUUUCUCAUUUAUUUGAAUAUGGAUAUAAUGAAGGGUUUUAUAAUAUUGUUAUGUAUCAAUAUUCUGCAUCAUUAGGAUCAUGGAGAAGAAAUUUACAACCAUCAACAUCAAACACACGAAUUCAUUUAUUGUUAAAUAUUUACAAAGAAGUAUUACGAGUUUGUCAAGUUUUAAACCAACGAAUUAUUCAUUUUGAUAUUAAAUGUGAAAAUUUCUUAAUUGAGCCAUUACCUGGAGUAUCAUUAGAAACAGUCAAUAAUCCACAAACAGAAAUUCCACCAUUUAAGUUAUGUCUUGCUGAUUUUGGGGAGGCAUGUGUUUAUCGUAAUGAUAAAGAAGCAAAUACAACUAGACAUCGUGGAACAGAAUCAAUUAAACCACCAGAAAUGUUAAAAAUGGAUUUAGCAGGAGGAAUGCCUGUAAAUGCAUCAUGUGAUAUUUGGGCAUUAGGCUGUUUGUUAUAUGAAUUAUAUACAUCAAAAAUGCUUUUUGCAAUUGCUGAUGUUGGAGAAUUUUAUUUCAGAGUAUUAAAGAGUGAAGAAUUAUUAACUGAAGAAAAUAAAGAAUUACUUGGAAAUAACGAAUAUUUAAUUGGAUUUCUUGAAUUUGUAUUAAACAGAGAUCCAACGAAACGACCACAAAUAUCUACAUUAGCACAAAGAUUUGAUGAAGUAAUUGAAAAGUUUAAAAAAGAUAAUAAAAAGGAUUUACUUAAAGCAAAGAAGUGGGAAAAGAAUAGAAAGAUGUUGGAAAGAAAACAAUAUGAAGAAAUUGAAGAAGAAAAUAUUCAAUCAAAGAAAGAUAUUGAUAUUAAAAGAGGAAUAGAAGUUGUUGAUUUUGAAGAAUCUAAACAAGUAUUUAAAUAUUUUAAUAAUGUUCUAUUUGGUGGAGAAAUGAAUGAUGAAGAAGUAUAUAAAAGAGGAAUUAAAUAUGUUAUGCAUUUUGGAGAAGAAUUACCAACAUCACUUUCACUUACUGCUAUGAAUUAUCCUAUUCCAAAAACAAUUGAAGAAAUGAUUAAAUUAUUUUCACGAAUUAUUGAGGUAUUAAGGGAAUUUGUUGUAUCAAAAAGAGCUGUAUAUAUUUGUGGAGAUAAAGGAUAUAUGCCAGCUGCUUUGUUAGUUGGAUUUACAAUGCAAAAACAUUACUUAUCAGAGUAUGAGUCUUAUCUUUACAUUCAAAAAGUAUGUCCAUAUGUUAGACUUCAUGAAUCUGUUUUAAGUGGAUUAAAGUAUUUUGAAAAGAAUCCAAUUCCAUCAAUUUUCAGUGGUAAUGAUAAAUUAAGACAUUUCCAUUGUUUAUGUGGAAUUGUUGAUAUAGUUUUAACCCAACCCAUUGAUGAAGAAUUAGUUAGAAAUUGUAGAUGUGAAGCAGAUGGUAAAGAAUGUUGUCCUAAUCGUCAUAAUGGGUGUAGAAUCUUUUUAGAAACAAUGAAAGAAAAAUCAUCGUAUGAUGCAAUAUUUAUGAAAUGGGUUGGAGUAAAACAAAAGAAUGUUGUGGGAAUGAAGAAUCUUUUGAACGUUAUGAAUGUACUACCAUCUUCUGGUAAAAGUGCAAAGAUAUAUUCUUGUAAGAGUUGCGGAUUUAUUAUGUUUGCCAUUCCUAAAAAAGGAUUGGAAAAGAAGUUUUCAACAAACGGCAAAGGAUAUGAUUUAUUUAUAGUGGUUAAUAAUGCUGGAAUAGAACUGUUCUAA